UGGGUCUUAAAGCUGUUUGUCGAAUUGCUCGUUUCCCUUUUGUUCGUCUCUCUUGGCCACACACUUAAAGUUGCAGGAAAGUAACUGAUCAAAUGGCUUUUUAUCAACAACAGCCGUUUUACAACCCGAGAAUCCCAUUCAGUGGCCAAAUCCAGGGAGGCCUGCAGGACGGGAAGAGCAUUAUCAUAAGUGGAAGAGUUUUGACAGGGGCUAACAGAUUUCAUGUGAACCUGCAGUGUGGAUCUCAUUCCGGGGCUGAUAUUGCUCUGCACUUUAACCCACGCUAUGAGAGCCCUGGGUAUGUCGUGCACAACACCUCCCAGAGCAGGUGCUGGGGCUCAGAGGAACGCAAAUAUGAAGCUCCCUUCCCCCAAGGCCAAACAUUCACCCUCCAGAUCCUUGUCGAGCAGGACAAAUACAAGAUAUCUACUAAUGGGAGACACUUCAUGGACUAUAGACACCGUAUUCCAUUCACUCAGGUGGACACCAUCUCAGUGGAGGGAAUGGUGGAGUUGAACUCUAUUGCUUUCCAGAAUCCUGCGCCCUAUUUACCUCCACAACCGGCCUUUCCAGGUUAUAUAGCACCUCAAGCAAGAUAUCAGCCUCAGUAUGCUGUACCUCCAGGAUGUGGGUUCCCAGCAUACCCUUCUGCACCCAACUAUACUAUCCCGUACAAAACUGUCAUUAAUGGUGGACUUCACCCUGGCAAAAACAUUGUCAUCCAAGGAGUUAUCAACCCCAGUGCUAGCAGAAUAACAUUUAACCUGCGCUACAGAAGUGGUAUUGCAUUUCACUAUAAUCCUCGUUUUGAUGAGAAACUGGUUGUGCGCAACACCAAUCAGAUGGAGCAGUGGGGUACGGAGGAACGGUCCGGUGGCUUGCCCUUUCAAAGAGGACAACCUUUUCAGGUCACCAUCUCCUGCAAUCCCCAUCAUUACAAUGUGUUUGUCAAUGGCCAACAAGCACACACUUACAAACAUCGCUACACAAAGCUGAACGACAUUGAUAUUUUGGAGAUUUGUGGAGAUCUGCAGCUGACUUUAGUGCAGGCUUAACAGGGAUUUGUGAUGUGUAAUUUGUAAGGGAAAGCAUGGCAAAUUGUUAAAAAGUAGAAUUGCUUUCAAAUACAGCAAAAUGGCUGACUGUAAACGAACAGCACUGUGAUUUUGCUAUUUCGAAUUAACAUAAAACCCUUUAUACUGUGUUUAACUUUCUGUACAAUUCUUUAUUAUGCAAUAUGCAUAUUAUGCAUAUGGUAUUACAGUAUAUAGUUGCCUAUCUCUAUAUAACCGUCUUGAAAUUCUCAUCAGCCUUGCUGCAUGUUUAAACUAAUAAACUACUAACACAAAUAAACAGCAUGUUAUAUCAAAAUA